AUGUCUCUGAAGUGCAAUCAGAAUGUAUUGAACGCGGGCUGUUGUUUUGUCACGUUUUACACAAGAAGAGCAGCACUUGAGGCUCAAAACGCAUUACACAAUAUCAGGACUCUUCCAUCGGCUCAAAACGCAUUACACAAUAUCAGGACUCUUCCAUCGGCGAAAGACCUGAUAGUGGCGGCGGCCGCACAGCUACUAUUGGGUCAAAACCAAUCCGUCAGUGCUAUGAAUAGUGCCAUAAAUUCUUGUGGACAGCACUGCAAUAACUGCAACAUCACUGAUACUAUCAUAAGAGCCACUCAACAAAUCCCGAUAUUUAACCUAUUCUUAUAA